CAUCACUCAAGUCCGAGCGGCGAGACGCCAAUCUGCAAAGCCGAGGCCUUCCUGCUUGCGAUACUCAUAGCCUUGGGGCACUUCUGAUGCAUCCUCGCAGCCCCUACGCCACGGCGCCGCCAGACUUUGCGGCGCUGGCCGAGGCAUAUCCGCAGAAGCUGGCACGCUUCGUCAAGCGCGGCGAGCGACACGGGGCGAGCAUUGACUUUCAGGACGCCGAUGCCACUCGAGCUCUGAGCGAGACACUCUUGCUCCAUGACUUCGGCGUCACUGCAAUCCAGCGCGACGACCGGCUGUGCCCGCCUAUCCCGAAUCGAGCAAACUAUGUGCUGUGGCUGCAGGAUGUGCUGAACGAAAGCGUUCAGCCUCUGCAGCCGGGCGACACCGCUGCUAGCCCUCUCCUCGCUCUUAGCACCGAGAGCGCAGCAGCUGGCAGUGCUGACGCGAACGACGAGGACGCGAAUGUCGAGCGACCCAGCAAGCGAGCGCGUGUGGCUGAAGAAGUUGAGAGCACACGAGAGACUGCUGCCGGUCAAGAAGAAGGCGAGAGUGUGCGCAUCUUGGACGUCGGCACCGGCGCCAGCGCCAUCUAUGCUCUGCUCGGCUGUGCUCUCGAUGCUCGCUGGCGCUUCACAUGCACUGACAUUGAUGCCGAGUCGAUUGAACAUGCUCGCUCCAUCCUCCACCAUCCGGCGAAUAAGGCGCUGCGGCUCGCUAGCCGCGUGGAGCUGCAGCUACGCAGACCCGAGCAGCCCUUGCUGCCCGUUGGCCCAGACGCGGCACACGUUGCCACAAUGUGCAACCCGCCCUUCUACUCCAGUGCCGCGGAGAUGCAAGAGAGCGCCGACUUCAAGCAGCAGGGCCCGAGUGCGGUAUGCAGAGGCACGGACGGAGAGAUGAUCACGCAAGGAGGAGAGGAGGCCUUCGUCGGACGCAUGAUCGACGAGAGCUGCGAGGCUGGACGCGCCGAGAACGUCGUAUGGUUCACGAGCAUGCUCGGCAAGUUCUCGAGCGUGGGCGCGGUUGUCAACAAGCUGCGCAAGCAGGAGAUCCGCAACUACGCCCUCACCGAGUUUGUGCAGGGACGCACGCGGCGCUGGGCCGUAGCUUGGUCUCAUCAGGCGUAUCGACUGCCAGACCACCUCGCCCGACCCAGUGCGCCCUCGCUCGCCCGCGUGCUCGCCGAGUCCAACUCGCGCUCUCGCGUGCUCCCGGCUGCAGAGGAGCACACGCCACGCACAGUCAUGGCUGCGCUGCAGGCCGAUCUCGCACAGAUGGGUCAUGUGCUGCAGAUCGACGCAGCAAGCCAGGACGACGACGCAGCGAGCACGCUCUUCGCACGCCUCGACAGCGAGGCAUGGACGCGCGGGGCUAGACGUGCUCGCGCAAAGGCGCUCAAGGAGGGCCGCUCGCUAGACGCACCGUCGGCCAGCGCCGAGCCGCUGCUGUGCCUGCGCUGCUCGGCGCAGUGGGCACAGGCUCGUCGCGAGCCCAAGAGCGCCGCAGAGGCCAGCGCGACGCAAGACGCCGAUGACGAAGCGGAGAAGCAAGCUCCUGCACAGGAGGCGCAGCCCGCCGGCGGCGACACAGACAUGCGCAGCGAUCCUGCGCAGCCUCAAGAAGGAGGUGCGCCCACGCCGCGCCCUGUGCGCGUCGUUGUCGAGUGGACGUUCGGGUGCGAGAAGCAGCGCGCCGCCUUCGCGGCGUGCGCCGAGUCGCUGCUGCGACGCCUCGAGGAGGGUCGCAAACAGGCGUGAGGGCUGAUGUGUAUAUCUCAAUUGCACCUCUGGUACUGGUG